UUACAGGCGUUUCAAAAUUACCUCAAGGAAAUCGGUGAAAUGACACGCGAGGAUUUCCAAGAUCUCGGAAAUCAGAAGAAUGAUUUCAUUGCAAGUUGUACAUGGCAGGGGACCCUAUGUGAUCCAAGUUAUUUUGAAGUAUUUCAAAACUAUAUGUAUGGAAAUUGCUUUACUUUCAACACAAGUAAAGUCAACAGUAGCGUUAGCGGUACAGGACCUUACAAUGGUCUUAGUCUCUUCCUUUUCCUCGAGCAAGAAGAAUACAUGGAUCGUAUAGCGUCAGCAGCCGGAGCUCGUGUCACAAUUCACGAGUUCCAUUUCAAACCACAACCAGAAGAAGAAGGAUUUUACGUUGCUCCAGGAUUUACGACAUCCAUAUCUCUUAGAAAGAUGACAACUCAAACUGUGAAGCCUAUUUGCGAUCCUAACAAGAAAACAACGGUAGACAAUGAAAAAACAUAUUCUUACUCGCGGACGAAUUGUAUGAAGAAAUGUCUUUCAGACGAAAUAAUUCGUCAAUGUAAUUGUGCGGGAACACAGUUCUUUCUUGAUAUGAAAACGUGUUCAGCAAACAACGAGACUGAAGGUAAAAACAUGUGAUUAGUUGCUGAAAAUAAGCCCCGCAACUUUGGCAACUUAUUCUUAUUUGUCUAGCUCGAUGCAUUAAACGCCUUGAAAAUCUAGCACGAAAAAACAAGUUGUCAUGUUAUUGUCCAUUGGCUUGCAGAACAACAAUCUAUCAUCCUGUAUUAUCUUCAGCUGUAUGGCCUGCUGAAAAAUACUUGUCUUCCUUGCUAGAAGAACUUUUCAGAGUACGACAUAAAGUAGUUGAUUUGUUCGAGAACAUAUCAAAUGUAAAUCAGUAUUUUAGGAAAAACUUCUUGAGGAUCAAUAUAUUUUU